AUGGAUGACAUUGGGGACAACCUGAAUAAUGAAAUAAAAAAAGAAGUUGGAGAAGGCUCACAACCAAGACUAGUUUUUGAUAACUUCGACUUUAGAAUUAGUGCAGGUGAAAUGCUGAAAGGAAUACRGAAUGUGGACAGACAUUGGCUCUGUCAAUACCUCACUUUUGACAGAAUUGACACAACUAGGCUAGACAACACUCAACCAUUGGGGGACCUCAAMCAUGAAGACAUCACUAUCUAUUUACUUGACCAGGAAGAGCAAAACCACAUUAGAGAAGAAUACAUAGUUUUAGUAGCAAGGAUCCUAUGUGACUAUAUCCCUUGGCUUAAACCUCUUCGAAAUACAGUCCCCUCUAAUAUACAACAUGAGUGGAGUGAAGAAAUGAAUAAGAAGUCUGUGAUCAUCCCUCUUCCAGUGAAACCGUAUGAUCAAAAAAAACACAGUGAAGUCAUCCAGUACUUGGAUACAGUGCAAACAUUCAUCAAGGAAAUAAGCAAUGACCAUGAGACUUWAAUGCAGAUACCACUGGGAGGAGACCUCCUUGGAAGAGAAAGAGUCACUGGGGCAAAGAAAUUGAGAAGAGGAUGUGAUAAAGAGGAAGAACGAUUUGGCAACAUCACAGAGGUCUCAGAAUAUUGGCAUGCAAAGCAAAGUCUAUUGAGUCUUUGUUGGAAACAUUUAUAUAACAAGUCAUCUGGCCGUGAACCUGGCACCUUAUACUAUUUCAGAAACUUGCAUGGAAGAACAAAUGUGAAAGAUAAUGUAAAAAACAACUAUGCUGCUGCAGAAGGAAUGCUGCUUCACCUGGCAACAGCAUAUAUUGUUACAGCAUUCAUGCACUAUGCAGGAAUGUGUGACCUGAAGGACMGGCCAAAAGACAUUGAUGAGCCUGGGAAGAAUGUCACCCUUCAMGGGUACAACUACCUUCGUGAAAUUGUUGGCAAAUUUGUUGACUGUUAUUGCCUGUUUGAACCAGACCUAGAUAAAAUUCAGAGGAAGCAAAAGGCAGAUAAAGAAAGACAAGAGCAACAACAACAACCWGGGUCAAUGGUUUUUCUCUUAACCAAAAAGGGGGAUGGACAAUUGCCUGAAUAUGAAUUUGAAGCACUUGGGCAGGUUGUGAGUUCUGAUGAGGUUGUCAUCUAUUGCUAUAUCAUUAAAGGAGAUGAAUCACUGAAGCAAGAUAGUAAGGACCCUGAUCCUGAAGACCACAUGACCAACUAUGGGUUAUGGGUAAUCCAAUUUGGACUUCUCCUAAUGCAGAUGAAUGWCACAGAAAGAGAGGGUGAUGGGGAGAGAGCUAUGAGAAACAAUAAACUUCUGUUACUUGUCUUUAGAACAGGCAGACAUGCCAAARMAUAUGCCUUUGAAAUGCUACGAAUGAUCAGCAAAGUGAAGGUCCAGUUGACACAACAAAUGGCUSCCAGGAAYAUUCAUGGCAGAUUUSUAAACUGGAAGGGCGGAAGAAGCCAUAACUGUGCAAAUGACUUAAAGCAAGAGCACCUCGUCAAAUUUACUAAAAAAUUGGUCAAAGGAAUGGGUGCUCAGAAGACUGAAAAGGCCAUCAAUCGAGCAUCAAGAGCAGCGGCAGGUCUACAGCACAUUGUAGAAAACUUCGAUGACUGCACUGGGAUCCAUCCAGAGUCAACAGUCCACACUUAUAAAGAUGCAGAAUCUGAUAUCAUGGACAUGAUUAACAUCAUAAACAGGGAAAAAAUAUUCAAUUCGAUUCCUGGACGGGCCCACCCAACAUUUGCUGAUUUGCCAAAAAGUUUACUGGAUACAUUGGAUAUUGCAAAAAUGGAGAAGUGGAUGAAAAGUUGGAAAAGAAAGCUUGCAAAAAACCCUGAUGUGCCUGGGGAUGCCAACCCUGAUGAUGACGAAUCACAAGUCGAGGAAUCAGAGGAUGACCAGGAUGAUAGUGAUGGUUAUUCAAAUAGUGAUGAUGAUUAACCCAUUUUCUUAGAAAUUUAUUUAAGACAAUACAUUUG